CCAGGUUUUAGACAGUCUGCGGGGACGUCACGGAGACAAAUAACUGGCCUGUGUCUCUGUUCACUGAGAGUUUAAUGGACUCUGUCCUCAGCCUCUCUUUGAGUUGAACUCUGCAGCAGCCAAUCAGCUUCGUGCUCGUUCCUCGGUGUUUUGUCUCCACCUGCUGGAGGAAGCGGAAGACGCAGCUGGCGCGCGCGGGCCGGGCUGCUGCGCGUGUGUGCGGACACGAGGUGGCGCAGAACCGGGAUGGAGCCCAGAGACCCACAACACACCGCGGCUGCAUCCAUCAGGUCUGUAACGCCUCGUGAGUGUUUGCAUCAGGAUCUGAACCCACUGAUGAACCCGCACAUCACGCACAUCACGCACAUCACGCUCCUGACGUCCACGUCAAGGUGUGCUGCUGCGCGCGGCACCACCGCGCGUCACGGCCGGUGGAUGUCGUCGUUCCGCUGCGCGCGCGCUGGUGUCACCCUUCAGAGAUGAACUGAACCAGAGCUGAGCCGAACAAGACCCGAUCCGGGAGAGAGGGGGGGCAGAGAGAGGGGGAGAGGGAGGGAGAGGAGGGGCGGUAUAAGGACUCCGCCGCGCCGCUCUUCACUUUUUACGCAGCACAUUUGGAGGAUUCGGGACGAUCCGGCAGAGACCAGCAGAGUCCAGACCUCUUUCUGAACCACUCUCAGCGGCAGAGACUCUCCGGGGGGACCGAGGGACCCACCAUCAUGAUCCGGGUUGUGGAUUUCGUGCUGACCGCGCUGCUCGCCGCGUCCCUGUCGUGCCGGAGCGCGCUCGGCGGGUACGGGAUGAGCCUGUUCGCGGCGCAGACCUCUCCCCCGGACCCCUGCUACGACGAGCACGGCAACCCGCGCCGCUGCAUCCCGGACUUCGUCAACUCCGCCUUCGGGAAGGAGGUGAAGGUGUCCAGCACCUGCGGGAAGGCGCCCGGCCGGUACUGCGUGGUGACAGCGGCGGAGAAAGGAGACGAGCGGACCCGGAACUGUCACACCUGCGACGCCUCGGACCCCAGAAAGUACCACCCCCCCGCGUACCUGACGGACCUCAACAACCCGCACAACCUCACCUGCUGGCAGUCCGAGAACUUCGUCCAGUUCCCGCAGAACGUCACGCUCAGCCUGUCGCUCGGGAAGAAGUUCGAGGUGACCUACGUGAGCCUGCAGUUCUGCUCGCCUCGACCCGAAUCCAUGGUGAUCUACAAGUCCAUGGACUACGGCAAGACCUGGGUCCCCUUCCAGUUCUACUCGACCCAGUGCAGGAAGAUGUACAACAAGCCGAACCGGGCCGUCAUCACGAAGCAGAACGAGCAGGAGGCCGUGUGCACGGACUCCCACACCGACAUGCACCCGCUGACCGGCGGCCUCAUCGCCUUCAGCACGCUGGACGGGAGACCGUCCGCGCACGACUUCGACAACUCCCCGGUGCUGCAGGACUGGGUCACGGCCACCGACAUCAAAGUCAUCUUCAGCCGGCUGCACACGUUCGGCGACGAGAACGAGGACGACUCGGAGCUGGCCCGGGACUCGUACUUCUACGCGGUGUCGGACCUGCAGGUCGGGGGGAGAUGCAAAUGCAACGGGCACGCGUCCCGGUGCGUCAAGGACCGGGACGAGAGUCUGGUCUGUGAGUGCAAACACAACACGGCCGGACCGGAGUGCGACAGGUGCAAACCGUUCCACUACGACCGACCGUGGCAGAGAGCCACAGCCCGGGAGGCCAACGAGUGUGUCGCCUGUAACUGCAACCUUCACGCCCGGAGGUGUCGCUUCAACAUGGAGCUGUACAAGCUGUCAGGGAGGAAGAGCGGCGGAGUCUGCCUCAACUGUCGCCACAACACGGCCGGACGCCACUGCCACUACUGCAAGGAGGGCUACUACAGAGACCUGUCCAAGCCCAUCUCGCACAGGAAGGCCUGCAAAGCAUGUGAUUGCCAUCCGGUGGGUGCUGCUGGCAAAACCUGUAACCAAACCACAGGACAAUGUCCCUGUAAAGACGGCGUGACUGGUAUCACAUGCAACCGCUGCGCUAAAGGCUACCAGCAGAGCCGCUCGCCCAUUGCCCCCUGCAUAAAGAUUCCAGUCGUGCCUCCGACGACUCCAUCGAGCAGCACGGAGGAGCCGUCAGACUGUGACUCGUACUGUAAGGCGUCCAAGGCAGUGAAGCUCAACAUGAAGAAGUACUGCAGAAAGAUUAUCGCCGUCCAGGUUCACAUCCUGAAGGCGGACAAAGCUGGCGAGUGGUGGAAGUUCACCGUCAACAUCAUCUCCGUCUACAAGCAGGGCGAGAGCCGAAUCCGCCGCGGGGACCAGUUCCUGUGGGUCCGCGCCAAAGACGUGGCCUGCAAGUGCCCCAAGAUUAAACCCGGGAAGAAGUACCUGCUGCUGGGGAACGACGAGGACUCCCCCGGGCAGGGCGGCGGAGUGGUGGCGGACAAAGGCAGCCUGGUUAUCCAGUGGAGGGACACGUGGGCGCGCAGGCUGAGGAAGUUCCAGCAGCGCGAGAAGAAAGGCAAGUGUAAGAAGCCAUAGGCGGGAAGAGACGGAGAGGACGCCGGAGAGGAAAGCUGAGCGGGUCAUUCAAAAAAUAAUAAUCGAGGUGAACGGGAGGCCGACAGAGGACCACGGACAGACAACAGACUGUUUAUGUCGCUGCUUUUUUCUGUAGACGCAUGAAGAGAAUUAUUUAGGAUGUUUUCUAGUGAACUUUUGUUGAAGGAGCUCACCCUGCAGAUUUGGUUUCAUGGUUUGUUUCGAGAUUCCGUCCCUCUUGUGGAUUUGCCGAAUUUGCACCUAUUACCAGCAUAUAAAGUUAUUUGUGUUUGUUUACUUUCUCUCAGUAUGAAAUCAUUAUAUUUUAAUUAUGUUUGAAUUUUAUGGACGGUUUCUGCUGGUGCAAAAAUUUACAAAAAAAAAAAAAAAAAA